CUGAGUUCCGAAAAUGCUUCCACACACAUUACUUAAAAGUGGUGAAAGCUUCUACAAUGCUUUUGCAACUCAGAGCUGUUAGUGUGCUCUACAGGAAGUCUUCGUUAGUCGACUCAACAUAACAGGGGGGCUUUCUUAGCUCAAAAUAAGUCUCAAACAGAAAAGUGAAACUGAAAGUAUGCAACUUCAUAACAAGGGCUCCUAUCAAUACUUGACACUGACUUCACCUGUUAAAGUUGUUGGAUAAGACUUUGCAAAAUGGACACCAUAUUGAAUACAGUUGUUCUAAAACUGAGAUCUAGUAAAUUGAUAUCUCGUUGCAUCCUUGUUUUGAUAACCAUGUGCUAAAAGUGCCACAUGAAAACCUCAAUGCAGUAUCAGGCAUUGCCAAGUCUGAUACUGCUCUGGAUGUGCCCUACAGCCGUGAUAAUUAAAAUACAUGUUUGAGCAGGUAAUCCUCUCAUUUUUUUUCCAAGCUAAACCUCAGUGGCUCCAGACAAUAACAGACACUGCUCGGUCCAUCGAGGAGAACCUCUUCUGGGAGUGUAAGGCCAAUGGAAAGCCAAAACCAUCCUACAGCUGGCUGAAGAAUGGCGAGCAAAUGGUGGCUGAGGCCCGGGUAGAGAUCGAAAACGGAGCCCUCUCCAUAACCGCGUUAAACCUAUCAGAUUCCGGGAUGUAUCAGUGUGUGGCCGAAAACAAACAUGGCAGUGUUUAUUCCAGUGCCCAGCUAAUGGUGUUAGCUUCAGCUCCCAGUUUCUCCAGAAGUCCAUUAAAGGCCUUGCUAAAAGCUCGAUCAGGCAGCGAAGUCACUCUGGAAUGCAAGCCUCAGGCCUCGCCCCCAGCAAUUAGCUUGUGGAAGAAGGGGAACGAGAUUCUGCUAAGAACCGAAAGGAUCACUCUGCUGCCAAAUGGAACUUUAAAAAUUGCUAACGUAACCAAACGGGAUGCAGCUAGCUACACAUGCAUCGCCAAAAACCAGUUCGGAACAGCAAGCGCAACUGGGAAGCUCCUCAUCACCGAGCCCACCAGAAUCACCAUGAGGCCCACUAACAUGGAGAUUAUUGUUGGCGAGAGCAUCGUGCUACCCUGCCAGAUUGCUUCUGAUCCAGCUCUGGACGUCUCCUUCUCAUGGGCGUUUAACGGCCAGCUCAUUGACUUCCAGAGAAACGGUGACCACUUCGAAAGAGUGGGUGGGACUGUAUCAGGGGACCUGAUGAUCCGCAACAUCCAGCUGAGCCACGGAGGGAAGUACGUGUGCGUCGUCGACACGGAUGUGGAGAGCCUGUCUACCUCUGCCAUCCUGGUUGUCAAAGGUCCCCCAGGCCCUCCGGACAAAGUCUCAGUUGAGGAAAUCACGGACAGCACAGCCCAGCUGUCCUGGACGCCUGGAAGAGACAACGGCAGCCCCAUAACGGGCUACAUCGUUCAGGCUCGCACACCAUUCACUGUGGGCUGGCAGGUCAUAGACACAGUCCCGGAAGUUGUCAAUGGCAACAUGCUAACCGCCACCGUGGUCGGUCUGAAUGCCUGGGUGGAGUACGAGUUCAGAGUGGUGGCCCAGAAUGUCGUGGGCCUCGGAGAGCCGAGUCCAGCUUCGGCCAAGACCAGAACAGAAGAUGCUAGUAUGUAAAACUAUCUUCCAUUC